CUACAAUGACAUUAUUUUCUCCAGUAUUCGUCGUUUUAUCAACGUUGUUGACUUUAAUAUUAGAUGUAAGAGCUGCCGAACCGUUGUUCUGUUUAAGUUGUUCCUCAGUGAUCUCCCCUCGACAUUGUCACAAUAUUCAGAAAUGUGAGGAAGGACAGGUUUGCUAUACAGAAAAGUUUACGAAUUACAAUGGUGAAACAUUGUACAAUGUCGGUUGCCAUACAUUGAGUUAUUGUAAUUUAACCAACGUUGGUAGCAGUCCUCUUGAUAUUACGUCGAAUACCGAAAUAAAACAGUGUAUUGAGUGCUGUGACGGAAAUGCUUGCAAUAGUCAUGGUUGUAAAUCUUUGGACUACCCUGUAACCAGAGGUCCAAUAUGUUUUAGUUGUCAACAAACUACAGACCCUUCAUUGUGUAGAACAAUAAGAGUUUGCAACGAAGAUGAGGUGUGUCACCUCCACGAAAUUCACGAAUUUGGGGAACGUUUUUUCUCUUCCUCGUGUCUUCAAAGACAAAUUUGCAAUGCAUAUAAUCCUGGAAGUUUAUUUGGUAGAAAACGAUUUGUACAUGCUUGUUCCAUGUGUUGUGGAAGCGACCUCUGCAAUCACAACUGUGGACGCGUUCCAGUUCCAGUUGAUUGUUUAGAUAUCUAUAAAAACGGUCAAAGAAAAACUGGUGUAUACAAGAUAUACCCUUCCAAGGACUUCAAUAAGCCUGUUCAAGUGAAGUGUAAUAUGGAUAUACAAGGAGGAGGCUGGACGGUUAUUCAGCUUAGGUCUAGGGACAACCCUCCCGUGGAUUUCAACGUAACAUGGGAUAAAUACAAGAAAGGGUUUGGAGAUGUGCAUGGAAACUAUUGGCUGGGAAACGACCUGAUUCAUCAAAUGACCAUGCUGUACAACAGUUCUCUAAAUAUAAUGAUGAAGAAGACCGAUGGUCACGUGUAUAAUGCGCAGUAUUCAUCCUUCUCAAUCUCAAAUGAGGCAGACGAUUAUCGGCUGUCGUUAGGAACAUUUUCAGGAAACGUCACACACGAUGAAUUCCGAGACCAUAAUGUGGUAGGCGAGGGAUUUUAUACAUUUGAUCACGACAAUGCUGCUAAAUGCUCUUCCCAGUGUGGCUCCGGGUGGUGGUAUCGAUCGUGUACAACUACUAAUCUUAAUGCUCCGUUCUCAGGGGGUCAUCGAGACCAAGUGUGGUACAACACAAUACACAACGGAGGAGAACUCAUGCAGUCAUCCAUGUUAAUAAAAAGAUUAAUUUAACGUUAAUAAUCUUAUUUAAAAGUACUUCGAUAUUUAUCCCAACAAAAUGAAUUUAAUGAAGGGUCAUUAUUAGUAUUUAA